GCAGCAGUAUAAAUUAACAAGCAUUUGGGCCAUGCCUGGAUGGUGGAUGCCUGCGUGCGUCCUUCCGGUAUAAAGGCCAGCCCGAUGCAGCAGUUUCUUGCAGCACAGGCCAGCAGUAACGGCAGCACUGCAGCAGCAGCAGCAGCUCCACCGGCGUCGGCGUCGCCCCUGCGUUCCAGGCCGCCGAGGAGGGAGCAGCCAAGCCAGACCACCGUCAAGGACAAGGAGGCGACCAUGGCCGACGAGCACCAGGAACUCACCAAGGCCUUCUCAGGGAUGGGCGGCCUGGGCGUGGAGGAGACGGCGCUGGUGUCGGCCCUGGGCCGGUGGAGGAAGCAGCCGGAGAAGCGGGCGCAGUUCCGCAGGGGCUUCCCGGGCUUCUUCACGCCGGCGGCGGCGGCGGGGGCGGGGGCGAUCGAGCGCUGCUCGGACGACUACGUGAGCCACCUCAAGACGGAGUUCGCCCGGUUCAAGAGCCUCAUGGUGCUGUGGGCGAUGCACCCGUGGGAGCGCGACGCGCGCUGGGCGCACCGCGCGCUGCACAAGAAGCACCACCCGGCGUCCGUGCUCGUCGAGCUCGCGUGCACCCGCACCGCCGACGAGCUCCUCGGCGCCCGCCGCGCCUACCACGCGCUCUACCACCGCUCCCUCGAGGAGGACGUGGCGUACCGCGUCAAGGACGCCGACGCCAACCGCCUGCUCGUCGGGCUCGUCAGCGCCUACCGCUACGAGGGCCCCCGCGUCGACGAGGGGCUCGCCAGGGAGGAGGCCGCGGCGCUCGCCGGCGCCAAGGCCCAGAGCGAGCUCGUGGCGCGGGUGCUCGCCACCAGGAGCAAGCCGCAGCUCCGGGCGACCUUCAGGCUGUACAGGGAGCUCCACGGCAAGCCGCUGGAGGAGGAGUUUGGCGGCGAGGCGCCGUGCUUGCGGGAGGCCGUGAGGUGCCUCGAGUCCCCGGCGAGGUACUUCGGCGAGGUGAUCGACGGGGCGUUCAAGGAGGGCGCGGACAAGCAGGCCAAGGCCGCCUUGACCCGCGUCGUCGUGUCCCGGUCCGACGCCGACAUGGAGGAGAUCAAGGACGCCUACCUGAAACACCACGGGGCCAAGCUCGUGGACGCCGUCGCCAAGAACACCCACGGACAUUACAGGGACGCGCUGCUCGCCAUGAUCGGAAAGUGAUCCAUGCAUGCAUCCAAGCUCAUCAGCUUCAGCCGCUCAAUUUGCUCUCCUGCGUUUUGCUAUAUGUUUAUCUUAUAAUUUAUUUAUCGCUUUUUGCAGCGACGGUUCGUGUUAAUUAUCUACUGCUUAUCUUAAUUACGAUCCAAAUGUAUGGAUGUCUCCAGCAUCCCGCAUCAUUGAUUAAAUAAAAAUAAAUUUUAUUUUCAA